AGAAAAUACAGAGAGAAAGAAAGGGGGCAGCCGCACAGAGAAAAAGAAAAGCAAAGAGAGGAGGAGGAGAAACCAAAGAGAGAAGAAGAAAAACUGAGAGAAAAGGGGGUGAUUCGCUGCACAUCAAGAGAAGAGGAAAGAGUAGAACUAGAAGACGAUUUUGUUCCUUUAAGCUCUAUUUCUCUGCAAGGGUGUGGCACGUAAAAAAGAAAAAGCAUCAGUUCAUUCAUAUCACCGUCAUCCUUAUCGCACCAGAUUACAGUUUCGAAUUGCUAGGACAAUGGAGAACGAACAGCAGAAAGAACUGAUCCAGAAGCAGAGCCAGGAAAUUACGGAUCUGAAAGAACAAAUGGCUAUGUUGAUUACUCAGAUGUCACAGCUUAUGAAAGGAAAAGCAGUUGCAGAAAGUUCAGCACAGAAAGGAGAGCCCAUGCUUCAGCUUUAUGACAACGCGGUAAUGAACUUCUCAGGAAGUGCGUCGGUAGUUGGGCCAGCCCGGGAUGGUGGAUUUCCAUUACUGGAUUGCCAGCAGAAAACAUAUGUCAUGCCUGUAGAGGCUAAAGGGGAGCAAGGAAGAGGUCUUACUGUGGAGCAAUACAAAAAGAUGGAAAAAUGGAUGAAUUCAAUGGAAGGAUUUGGGCCUGUUGGUGCUUUAAGCCCACAUAAGCUAUGUUUGGUGAAAGAUCUGAUCAUUCCUCCUGAUUUCAAGCUUCCUGCUUUUACUCCCUUCGAUGGUACUGGAAUUCCUCUAGAUCAUCUGACCAUGUAUUGUCGGAGGAUGCAGCCAUAUGUUCAUGAUGAGAAGAUAUUGAUUCACUUUUUCCAGGAAAGUUUGACGGGGAGUGCAACUCGGUGGUUUACAAGCUUAGAUCCGUCUUCUGUUGAGACCUGGGAGGAUCUGGCUAACUUAUUCCUUAAGAAGUAUGAGCAUAACAUGGAGAAGGUCCCUACCAUCUAUGAUCUUCAGUGUACUGUCAUGAAGGAAGGAGAAAGUUUUCGGGAUUGGGCCCAUAGAUGGAGAGACUUAGCAUCCCAGAUGCACCCUCCAUUGGCGGAACAAGAUCUGGUUAAUGCAUUCAUUGACGCACUUCGAGAGCCUUAUACUUCAAAAAUUACUGGAGGGGGGCAUGCAGGUUUAGGAGAAAUGAUCCGAGCAGGGGAACGUAUUGAGAGAUGCAUGCAAAGAGGAAAUAUUAGCAUUAGCGUCCCGAUGCUUGAGAAGCCAGAGUAUCAGAAGGGAGGGAAGAGGAAGAAGAAGGAAAACGAGGUGCAUACCGUUAAUUAUAGCAGCAAUCCCACUUAUGGGUCUCCCACUUCUGAUUACAGGCCGCGAAGCAAUGCUCCCAGGCUGUCUAGUUCAUAUAACCACCACCUAAACUCAAAUUCCUACCCGCCACCUCAGCAUUCUUAUCGACCACCUCAACAGACUUACUAACCACCUCAGCAAGCUUAUCGACCACCUCAGCAAAAUUACCAGCCACCUCAGCAAGCUUACCAACCACCCCGCCAAAGUUACCAAAACUUUGAAAAUAACCCUAGACCCCGAAGGCAGAUAGAGCAGUUCGCU